GCAGUCUCGUGUGCCCAGCUGACAACGAGCGCGAAAACGUAAACAAAACUAAUGUGGAGAAACAUGGCAGAGGGAGCGCAUCAGAGCCUUUACCCUCCUUCUAAAAGGGUAAAGUCCGAAGUAUGGAAAUAUUUUGGAUAUCGAAAAAAUGAACAGGGAUCGUUAGUCGAGGAUAAUUUCCCUAUUUGUAAAAAAUGUAGCAGGAAAGUAGCCGUGAAACAUGGAAACACCUCCAACAUGUUUUCCCAUCUGCGCAACCAUCACCCGAUACAAUUCAGAGAGAUAACGAUGUCACUAACAAAUAAGGAACAAACUCGACUCAAAGCAAGAGUAAGCACUAAUCCUUUUGCAAGGGCCAUGCAUUUUGCAAAAAGAAGAGAGAGUGGCCAUGUUGAGGUGAAUUCUCAAUGUCAGCAGGAAUCCGUUAUAAACUCAGCCAGCAUUCAGACGGACUGCAGCUCUGUGACACACGAGAGUCCUGUGAGCAGUCCCAGCUGGGUGAAACAAGAACCAAGAAAUGACACAAAUGAGUGUGAAAGUAUGAACUCUGAGGUCCACACUGAAGCUGAACAGGACAACACAUUGAGCAAUGCCAUUUCCACAACAACUUUAUUCGAGUGUAUGCCCUCCAUUGAGAUGCUGACCAUUACCAAACUGCAGUGUAUGCUGGAUAACAAACAGGAGAAGAUUGAAGCGUUGGAGAAACAGGUGCAGGAUCUGCAGGAAGAUCGCAUGUUCCUCCGUACACAGAUCGGGAACCUCACCAACGUUCUCUCUUCUCGUUUUUGUGAAUGCACGAUGAAAGUUCAAGAAAAGUAAAAUAAGAGAAAAGCUAAAUAAUUGGUUUCUAUAUAAAAGUGUAAGUCAGAAAGUGAUCUGUAUCAGACUGAUUUGAUUUUGUUUACCGAAACAGUGUUGUUGUAUUUUAUUUGAUUUUUUGGGGAGUUGCUGCUGUAUACUUAAACUGAGGGUGUCAUAAAUAGGCGACAUCAGAAUUGUGCAAUGUUCAGAAUGUUCAAAGUCUUUUUUGUUUGUGAUUGCAUUAUGUCAGGAUGAUUGUUAGUGAAUUAUUUCAUCCAUGUUUGUUAUUUAAUAUUUUACUGAAUAAUAUAAAAAAAUUCUGCCAGAACCAUGCAUGUACUACGAAUGUAUGCGUAAGAUGUUCAAAUAAAGUAACGUGAAGCACUUAGA